AUGGAGGAGAAGGCUGAGCGGAAGAGGAAGAUGUCCCGGGUUGCCCAGUCAUGUGAGGAGGAAGAAGGUGGACAGAGCUUCAGCCAGGGAUCAGAUCUAGUGGUCAAUGAGCAGCUUCAUGAUGGGGAGAAGCCCUACAGGUGCUUGGAGUGUGGGAAGAGCUUCAGGUACAGCUCAGACCUCAUCAUCCACCAGUGCAUCCACACUGGGGAGAGGCCCUACAAGUGCCCCAUGUGUGGUAAGAGGUUUCAGAGCAGGUCCCAUCUCCUCCUGCAUGAGCGGAUCCACACCGAGGAAACACCCUUCUGCUGCCCCGACUGUGGGAAGGGCUUCGAGCAGAACUCACAUCUUGUGAGGCACCGGCGCAUCCACAAUGGGGAGAGGCCCUAUGAGUGUCCCCAGUGUGGGAAGAGCUUCACCCAGAGCUCUCACUUGACCAAACUCCAACUGAGCCACUG